AGGGAACAGUGAGCAGCCAGUGAAGCAUCCAGCCUGCCGAACAAGCUUGCUUUUAGGGUCAGGAACUGGUCUGACAAGAGAAUGGCAAUCCUGCCUUUAAACUGUCAUUAGGACUGUACGGUUGAUGAUGAAUCUACCAGAGCUCCGGGCUCAAAGGCGAAACACUGAGCAAGAGAAUGUGAAGACAUAUUUCAGUGACACACCUAACCUCCAACCUAAGAGAACCUGUUUGCUGCUGUUGUCUGGACUCUCACCUGGAACUCACCCAGCAUGGUAGAAACUGCCAGCAGAGUCACCCCCACCACCAGUGUAUCUCAUCAAAUCCUGGAAAUACACCAGAAAAAUGACAUUGUGAGUGCUACUAAAGAUGUCUGAUAGUGUUGAUAUUGAAGAGAAACCACCAGCCCCCCCCUUGAGAAUGAACAGUAGUUCCAGAGACUCUUCAUCAUUGAAUCACGCCUCUAAACCGCUUCCAAUGGCUCCUGAAGAGAAAAACAAGAAAGUCCGCCUGCGCUCCAUCUUCCCCGGGGGAGACAAGACAAACAAGAAGAAGGAGAAGGAACGUCCUGAGAUAUCCCUACCCUCAGACUUUGAACACACCAUUCAUGUUGGCUUUGAUGCUGUAACAGGAGAAUUCACAGGUAUCCCAGAGCAGUGGGCACGGCUCCUACAGACCUCGAACAUCACCAAGCUGGAGCAGAAGAAGAACCCACAGGCCGUGUUGGACGUCUUAAAGUUCUACGACUCUAAAGAGACUGUAAACAACCAGAAAUACAUGAGCUUCACCUCGGGAGACAAGUCGGCACAUGGGUACAUAGCAGCAAACACUCUGAACCGACUGCUGUCAUCUGGGCCUCCUGUCAGCCUUAGAACCUGCAGCGCAUUAUUUGACAAGGGUGCCAAAACAUCAUCGUCAGAGCCCCCAAUCGCUCCACCUGUGUCAGAAGAGGAGGAUGAGGAAGAAGAGGAAGAGGAAGAGGAGGAAGAGGAGGAGGAGGAUGAUGAUGACGAAUUGCCCCCAGUCAUUGCACCUCGGCCUGAGCACACCAAAUCUAUCUACACCCGCUCUGUCAUGGACCCAAAGCCUCCCACCCCUGUGAAAGAAGUGUUGACUCCACCAGAGUCACUGGUUCAGCCGGAGAACACGUCCAACACAAUGUAUCGCCACACUGACCGCCAGAGGAAGAAGUCCAAAAUGACAGACGAGGAGAUUCUGGAGAGACUCAGGAGUAUUGUGAGCGUGGGGGAUCCCAAAAAGAAGUACACACGCUUCGAGAAAAUAGGACAAGGAGCGUCCGGCACUGUCUACACUGCCAUCGACAUAGCAACCGGCCAAGAGGUGGCCAUCAAGCAGAUGAACCUGCAGCAGCAACCCAAGAAAGAGCUGAUCAUCAAUGAGAUCUUGGUGAUGAGGGAAAACAAAAACUCCAAUAUAGUGAACUACCUGGACAGUUACUUGGUAGGAGAUGAACUAUGGGUGGUGAUGGAGUAUUUGGCCGGUGGCUCGUUGACAGAUGUAGUGACUGAGACCUGCAUGGAUGAGGGCCAGAUUGCUGCAGUCUGCAGAGAGUGUCUUCAAGCCCUAGACUUCCUACACUCCAACCAGGUGAUCCAUAGAGAUAUAAAAAGUGACAACAUCCUCUUGGGUAUGGACGGAUCCGUCAAGCUCACCGACUUUGGCUUCUGUGCCCAGAUCACUCCAGAACAGAACAAGCGCAGCACGAUGGUGGGAACACCCUACUGGAUGGCACCAGAGGUGGUGACUCGCAAGGCUUAUGGCCCAAAAGUGGAUAUCUGGUCUCUGGGAAUCAUGGCGAUAGAGAUGGUGGAGGGAGAACCGCCCUACCUGAAUGAGAAUCCACUCAGGGCACUGUACCUGAUAGCUACCAACGGGACUCCAGAGCUGCAGAACCCAGAGAGGCUCUCAUCUGUGUUCAGAGACUUCCUCAACCGCUGUCUGGAGAUGGAUGUGGACCGCAGAGGCUCUGCCAAGGAGCUCCUCCAGCAUUCCUUCCUCAAGCUGGCGAAGCCUCUAUCCAGCCUGACACCUCUGAUUGUAGCUGCGAAGGAAGCCAUAAAGAACAGCAGUCGCUAGGGUGUGCCCUCUGUCCCCACCCGAGGCUGGAGUCCUGCCUGUGAUGUGUGCGUUCAUGGGGGCAGGGGCUUGGGUGUAUGGGUGGUGGGUGACAUGACAGCACAAGGAGGGGGUUUGUGUGACUUACAGUGACAGCACAAGGACAAAAGACCCCCAGGCCUCAUAUGUAGGACGGACAUCUGGCCUUGCAGCCUCUCGGCCCAUGCUGCUGAAAAGACCUUGCCUCCUCGUUUACUUCUCCAGCACUCUGUACAUGUAGAGCAGUCCAUCACAAGUAUGUGUGCGUGUGUGGGCGUGUGUGUGUUCCAACUGUGCACAUCAUCUUUGUGUCAUAUGUCUUGUUUGGCAGCAGUCGCUCCCCAAACCAAGAAAAUACGGUGAAAAUAUCAAAAAUGUGCUCUUUUUCAAGAAGAAUAUUCCAGAGGGAAGAGGAGAAACUGACAAAACUAAAGAGCCCGUGAUUCCUUCCCUGCCCAGCUUUACGCUUGGUUUUCUUUCCUGUGGUCCCUCCGUGGAGCACAAUCAGGCCACACUUGCACCUGCAGUGACCAGCUGAUGUGAGAGAGUGACUUCUGGACUCUAGACCCAACCUUUGCCUGCAUGACUACGGCUCUGUGAAGAAACGUUGCUACUCCUCUGCAGAUUGUCACAUCUCAAGAAGGCAUAUUUUUGUGUAUGUGUGCGUGUGAAUGUGUGUAGGGGUGCAGCUACAGAGGAAAAAGUCAGGUAUAAUUUCACAUGACCUAUGCCAGCUUUAAAUAUAAUGUUCUGAUUAUUUAAAAUAUUGAAACACUGUCAGUGCACAAUUUGCCUACAUAAAACAUUGAAUUUAACCAGAACUGUAAUGCAGCAUCUAUAAUGUGACUUAACUGUACAUCACACAUGAAAAUAUUUAAUUUUAAAUAUAUUAUAUACAUACUUUCUCAUCAAUUUCAGGGUGUGGCUUUUUUUAUUUUCAUGUUGUAAAUUAAUCAGAAUUGGAUAGACAAUUCAACAGUUACGUAUGAAAUAGAAGACAAGACAAAUACUUAAUCAGAGACUCAACAGAAAAAUAAAAGUUUUCAUUUAAAUAUUUAUAUUUGGUGAUGGAUUGUCCUUUUUAAGGUGCUGGCACACAGUGGGUCAACAUUUCAGCCUUUCAAAUAAGCUUUUUUUCUACGACAGUGGCAAACAGAAGGUCAUGUAAUUAUUUACCUACAGUGAGUUGGAGGUCUUGUGCCACACAGUUUCCCAUAGUGCCCCACGCAUCCCUGUGACCUUAAAACUUAAGCAGGAAAGAUGCCCCAUGACAAACAAAAUAACGCAACUAAAUAUAUAUUCAAUCCCAAAUCAGAACAACAAACUGCAACAAAACAUAGAGGGCGAAAGACGUUUUCAUCAUCAUGUAAUUUAUCAAUCAUUUAAUCAGUUAUUUGUGACUUAAAAAAUAACUUUCUCAAACUUUGAGAGACAUCUAAACUUUAAAGUAUGAACAGAAAUGUAAAAUGCAGAUAAAAGAAGUUAUUCUCCAAUCUGGAAAAUUAUUCUAUUAUUCUUUUUCAUUACAAAGUCUUCUUAUAUUGCAGAGUACAUUAUAUGACUAUGACUAUAAAUGUUUGGUAUAAAUGUCAACAAAAACCUGGCCUAACUGUUCAGGUGCAAAUACUGAAUAUACAACAACAUUCAUGUCUAAUGAGGCAGUGGGCACCAACUGUCCCCAGUCCCACCCUGUCUCCUUUGGUAUUUAAGAUGCUGCUCAUUAACGCUUCAGUGUCCUUUUGUCUUUUAAUGGUGUCUUAUGUGACUUUUUUCGUAUGAUCUAUACGUUUUGAAGUGAGUUUUUGGACAUGUGUGGCAGAUUAGAGAGGGGGAAUGUUAGCCACUAAGCAAAGUACUGAGUGCCAUUUCAUGAUUGUACCUUGUCCUGAUGAGCACUGAAAACAGAAGCUGUAGUAGAGGUUCAUAUUGUUUGCUAACAUUCCUUCCAUACCUGGUUAGCGUUUAAUCUCAUUCCUGUACAGAACCUAUCUACUUUGUGUUGGUAUUUGGUAGCUUCGUCAGGCAUUUCCCAUGUAGCAUCCCUCUGUGUGUGAGUGUGUGUGUUUGUGUGCGUUAGGGGGGGCUACCUCAAUCGGCACUAGAAGAUGCCUCACUUGUGUUGUCCACCUUGACUUUGAGGUGCAGGGUAGCUGCUCAGUCUGUACCUCCAUUGUACAGCAAAUGUACAGAAGAUGAAGGAGUGAUGUUAGACAGGAGGAUGCAACAGAAUUCAUGCAUGUAAAACAAACUAUACACUGUAUCUCAUCUUCAAAUAGGUUAAGAUUGUUAGGAUAUGUAUGUAUGUAUGUAAAUAUGACGGGAAAACCCCUCUUUUUUCAGAAUUAUGUAACUUAAAAUGACAAUAUCAAUAAAUGUUUUGCACCCUGGGAAUCAAAAAAGAGAAAAACAAACACACACGCUGUCUCCGCACUCCUGGAUCCAGCUCUCCUGUUUGGGCUUCAUCGGACACUCCUUCAUCCGGACAGAAAGCCGAUGAAUGCAGCACUCUGUGUGCGGGCCCACACAGUCUGUCCUGAGUACCACUGCUGAGUGUUAGUACAUGUAUGUGUGUGUGCGGUAGGUGUGGGUGGCCUGUCAGGAAGCUUGGGACGUUUGGCCUCUGCCCCAUGUACAGGUCUGAACUAUGAGCACAAAAGGUGAAUUUCGGGACAAGAGACACCGCUGACGUGCCCCCUUUCUGUGGUUGCUCCUGUACAUUCCUAUCUCCUGACUGUGUAAACCUGUACAUGUGGUGUGAAAAUUCCUCUAUUAAUGUGUAUCAAGAGAAUGGAACAAAGACAAAAAAUGUUACUUUUUAAAUUAUUAUUAUCAUUAUUAUUACUCUUAUUAUUGUCUAGCUUUGUAAAACUGCUGAUCCAUCUGGCAUACCUCAGCAGGCCUUUCCCCAUCUUUGAAAACGGACAAAUGAGCGACGGGGAAAUGAGGUUUUGGAUAAACUAUUUUUAAUUGUGGUUGAAGCAAUAGACUUUUUGAACUUUGAAUUGUGCAUGGCUGUGUCUUGAGUGUAAAAAAACAAAAUAUUGCAGUUUGGGAACUGGACUGAAAUAAAAAGAGGAAGAAAACCAGA